AUGGGUUUAACUCCGUUUGUAAAUCACUGGGGCAGGAAGAGGUGGCCACGAUAUCGUGGCAGAAGGGCUGGCAAGCAGUUUAAAUCUCGUGAAAAGCAUAGGCAACAUCAAAUUGGCAAAGUUUACCCUCGACCUCUGAACCGUGAAGCUACAAGAACAGCAAGAUCUCGAAACCUUCUGAACUGCGUGUUUGUUCCAGUUACUGCACCCAACAUCACCAGCCUGUCUGAUAACCAGCAAAGGGUUUUUGUGCCAUCUUUGUUACUCUCAAACGUCAUGUCUUUAUCGCCCAAAAUUGAUGAAGUCCGCGACGUUGUUUUGCAUGCUGAUUUUGAUUUAGUAUGCAUAACAGAAACUUGGCUCCGCGAUCACAUUCCCGAAAAUAUCGUCGCUAUCCAUGGCUACAACCUAAUACGUCGCGACAGGAUAAAUGACCUGCAUGGAGGUGUAUGCGUCUAUGUUAAGGAUACCAUCAAAUAUCAAGUGGUUCGAGAUUUAAUGAAC